AUGGAUUUGGUAUUGAGAUUUCUUGUUUGGUGCAUUGUCAUUUUGGCACCAGCCCUGGUCCUCCUCCGCCAGCGGAUGAAAUCCAAGUCCAAGCAGCUGCCGCCUGGGCCCCCAGGAUGGCCAGUGUUCGGUAACAUGUUCCAACUUGGUGCCAUGCCACAUAAAACCAUAGCCAGCCUAAGGAAAGAGUACGGUCCUGUUGUUUGGUUCAGGAUCGGCUCAAUAAACACCAUGGCAGUGCUCACCGCAAAGGCAGCCACAGAGCUCUUCAAGAACCACGAUAUAAACUUUGUGGAACGCACAAUCACUGAGGUCAUGAAAUCCAAGGGCUUCAAUAAGGCAGCAUUGUCACUAGCCCCUUAUGGACCAUAUUGGCGUGUAAUGAAGCGCAUAAUGACAGUAGAAAUGUUGGUCAACAAAAGGAUCAAUGAAACCGUAUCCAUUCGGCAAAGAUGCAUAAAUAAUAUGAUCCAAUGGAUUGAAAAGGAAUCCACUUCAGCCAAAGAAUCAGGGGGGGUUCAUUUGGCGCGCUUUGUGUUUCUGGCCUCGUUCAACAUGCUGGGGAACCUCAUGUUAUCGCGUGACUUGGUGGAUCCACAAUCAGAAGAGGGGUCAGAAUUCUUCACAGCUAUGAUGGGGCUAAUGGAGUGGUCGGGCCAUCCAAACAUCGUUGACUUGUUCCCAUGGCUCAAAUGGCUCGAUCCACAAGGUUUGAAACGAAAGAUGGAUCGUGAUCAAGGAAUAACAUUAAAAGUUGUUGGGGGAUUUGUUGGCGAGAGGUUGAAAGAACGGCAAGAUGGUAAAGAAAAAAAGGACUUCCUGGAAGUUUUGCUACAGUUUGAAGGAAAUGGAAAGGAUGAGCCGGAGAAAAUAUCAGAGCAUGCCCUCAAUAUAAUCAUAAUGGAGGUGUUUUUAGCAGGAAUUCCUUUAGCCCACCGUAUGCUGCAUCUUGCACUGGGAUCAUUACUGCAUGAAUUUGAUUGGGAGAUUGACGAGAUUGCUAGGAAUGACAUUAUGGACACCAGAGAGAGAAUCGGAGUGACUGUUCGCAAAUUACUGCCAUUGAAAGCAAUACCAAUAAGGCGUAUGAUAUAA